GAUGUAUGUGACAAAUGCACUUUGCUUAAACGUGCAUUAAAUGAAAAUGUUAAUUAUAUAAAUAAGGAUCUUGAUGAAAAGCUAGCAAACUAUAUAUCGGACUACCGAAAAAUGAGAGAGAUCUACAAAGAUGAUGUAAAAACAGCAAAAGAUUGUGACCAAUCUUUGUUUCGUGUCUUUUUAUUCAAUUUUGCUCAAAAUGUAGAAUUGCCCCAUAAUCCUCAACAACCUGGAAGAUAG